CUCCCGAGGCUUCGCCAGCAGCCCGCCGCCCACAGCCACCUGCGGGACAGCCACCUGGAGCGCGCACUGGGCGGGCCGGCUCCCGCCGCCGCAGCCCGUCCCGCGAACGCCGGGGCACGAAGGGACAUACCGUUCAAAGGGCUAGCACGGAAACCGGGUCCCUGAGGUCAGACGUCUUCUUGCUCAUCUUCGGAGGAAUUGUGCUAAAGAUCACUGUCAAGCUUGCUCAUCUCUCCCUUUCUGGAAGUAUGGCUUAUCACUUGAUGGGAUCCUGUACUCUGGUUUUGUCUUCUAUCAGUCCUCACAAUUUCAGAUAGUGACUCUGAAAUAGCAAUCAAGUUCCUUCAGCAACCAGGUAGUGAAAUCAAAUGGAUGUUGGUGAGUACCACAUGGCAGCAGUUACUUCAUUUCGUUCAUUCAGAGUGAACUGUAACUUGGAAGCCUUCUUUAGAAUGAAGAGGAACAAUUUAUCUGUUGUGAAUAAAUUUGUCCAGUCUUCACCAACAGUGAAACAGCCAAAACUUGGGUUCUACUCUUCUCUCAACCAGACUGUUCUGCCCGACUGGGCGAGUUUGCCUCACCAUGUAGUGUUACGCAUUUUUCAGUAUCUUCCUUUAAUAGACCGGGCCCGGGCAUCUUCUGUAUGUAGGAGAUGGAAUGAAGUUUUUCAUAUUCCUGACCUUUGGAGAAAGUUUGAAUUUGAACUGAACCAACCAGCUACUUCAUAUUUUAAGUCCACUCAUCCUGAUCUCAUUCAGCAGAUCAUUAAAAGGCAUGCAGCCCAUCUCCAGUACGUCAGCUUUAAGGUUGACAGUAGUACUGAAUCAGCAGAAGCUGCCUGUGAUAUCCUUUCUCAGCUGGUAAAUUGUUCUCUCCAGACCUUGGGUUUGAUUUCAACAGCCAAGCCGAGUUUUAUGCAUAUGUCAAAGUCUCAUUUUGUGUCAGCACUUACAGUUGUUUUUGUCAACUCAAAAUCAUUAUCGUCAAUCAAAAUUGAAGACACACCAGUGGAUGAUCCUUCACUGAAGAUUCUCGUGGCCAAUAAUAGUGAUACUUUAAAACUCCUAAAAAUGAGUAGCUGUCCUCAUGUUUCAUCUGAUGGAAUCCUUUGUGUGGCGGAUCACUGUCAGGGCCUUAGAGAACUGGCAUUGAAUUAUUACAUGCUAAGUGACGAACUUCUCCUGGCACUUUCAAGUGAGACUCAUGUUAACCUAGAACAUCUUCGGAUUGAUGUUGUCAGUGAAAAUCCUGGACAAAUUGAAUUUCAUUCUAUUAAAAAGCAAAGUUGGGAUGCACUUAUAAAACACUCCCCUGGAGUUGAUAUUGUCAUGUACUUCUUUUUAUAUGAAGAGGAAUUUGAGACAUUCUUCAAAGAAGACACCCCUGUUACUCAUCUUUAUUUUGGUCGUUCAGUAAGCAAAGCCAUUCUCGGACGGAUAGGUCUUAACUGUCCACGACUUAUAGAGUUAGUGGUAUGUGCCAAUGGUCUUCAGACUCUUGAUGAUGAACUUAUUUGUAUUGCUACACACUGUAAAAACUUAACAGCUUUGGGCCUCAGUGAAUGUGAAGUUAGCUGUAGUGCAUUCAUUGAGUUUGUAAGACUAUGUGGGAGAAGGCUAACUCAGCUGUCUAUCAUGGAGGAAGUUUUGAUCCCCGAUGAUGAUUGUGGCCUAGAUGAAAUUCACACUGAAGUCUCCAAAUACCUGGGAAGAAUAUGGUUCCCUGAUGUCAUGCCUAUUUGGUAGUUGACUACCAACGAUUCUUAACUUUUUUUUAUCAGUAAGAUUGGCUUCUUUCAGUCUAUGCAAAUGUAGAUUUUAAGAUGUGUUACUGAACUAUUUUAGGUAAAAACUGUGUUAUUGUUUGAAAAAAUACGAGAAAUUUGAAAAGCCAGAAAUUUUCGUAAAUAGAGCACAGAGACUUUGUUGCUAUGCUAAAAACUACAGAUGGUUUCUAGGUAAGUUCCUUAGCCUUCCUUGAAGGCAUACUUUGCCUUGCUAAAUACAUGUAUAAUAUU